AUGGAUGAUAAUUUGCGGAUCGUUCGACAAAUUGGAGAACAGCAAGCUCACAACUCCUAUCUUCGUGAUUGUUACACGUUGCUCAAAGCUACUCAAGAUCUGACGGAAAAGACAGCCGAAGACCUCCACAAACUCUACAGAUCCCUUGAUACGAGACCGGGAUACACUGUUCACGAAAUCAUCCGGAAAUUUCAAAAUAAUGUCUUGAGCCUCAUUGAGAAGGCUUGUGAGUCCCAAGCCGCUUGUGAGGAGCUAUGUCAGUUGGACAUGUCCUAUUCAGCGCGUGUAGUCUUCGAGCCGAUACGAAGGAUGUAUACCGAGGCAGAUGUGACUUUGGAUGGACAAAAGACUACGGGACCUUAUGAUUGUACCUAG